AUGUUCAGAUUUGUAGCUUCCGAUGGAACUGGCUCUGUCAAGAGGCAGCAGGCACAAAAAGCAUGCGAGUCCUGCAGGAAGCGGAAAAAGCGCUGUAAUCACACCACAGAUGGUAUCUCAACAUCCGCAAAUUCUUCACCUGUACGAGCACCUAGUCAACUUCAGUCUAACAACCAGGUUUCUCAAGGGGCCAUCAAACCAUACGUUGCAAGUUACCUCCCUUGUACCAAAGACGCCGAAUAUCGAAGUGCAGUAUCUCCUGAGGAGCCUGGUACUAACUCUUCUGUUGCAUCAAACCUAGCCAGCAGUGAUCAAGAUCUUGAAGCUGCCAGAAUAUUAAGCGGAGGUGUCCAUAUUCAAGCCAAAACGCCUCAAAUCCAAGAGCCAGCUGGUGUUCAGUCUCGGUUUAUUGGUGAUCUUAAUCCGGAAUCAAUUUUCUUAGCUGCUACCAGCCCAGAUGCAAUUAGUGGCGUAUUACCGGACAGCGUCGGAGUAUAUCUUUCCUCAACACUGGGCAAAAAGCCCCAUCAUUUCUCGAAUUUACAACAAACAAGUUCCAACCUAUUUUUUGGAUGUCCACCCUUGAUUCGUGAUGUUUUAGUACCUCUCAUAGAGCAAGAGUGUUUAUCAACGAUGCCACCUGAAAAUCAUCUCGAAGUGUUAGCCCGGAUAUACUUCGAAAAGAUCAAUCCUGUUUUUCCAAUCAUUGAUGAAAACAUCUACCGUGGCCUGCCUCCUUCAAGCCCAUGUCGAAUUUUAUUAAAACAAGCAAUGUGUUUGGCAGCAUCCAAGAAUUUCGUUGCUGUGGAGCAUCUAAUUCUCAAUGAAGCAGACUCACCUAUGACAUGCCGAGCUUUUGGUGAAAAAGUGUCCGGGGCAAUGAGACUAACCAUCGAGCUCGGGAUUGUAACUGACAAACUUAUAUUGAUUCAAGCCCUUUGUCUCCUUUCUCUAUUCAUAGACAACUCUAGCAGUGAAGAUCUUGCAUCUCAAUUCUCUGGGAAAGCUACCCAUUAUCUCGAAGGCAUGGGGUUACAUCUUGCAGGCCAACAAGAGGACGCCAGUGCGAAGCUUUUAUGCUGUGUUUAUGCACUUGAUCGCAUGAAUGCUGCGUUUCAUGGACGUCCUGUUUUGAUGCAUGAGCGCGAUAUGAGAAAAGAUCUUCAUCAGUGCUUCAACCAACAGGAACCUUCUUUCCGCCUGUUCUUACAGGUCAUAUUAUUACUGGACAAUGUGAUUGAGAUAUACCGACCUCUAAACCAAUUGAAACAUGGAGGUAUGGACAUUCAAUUCCCUGCUUUUGAAGAGCUGGUCUCAGAGUGUGGAGCAGCGCAGAUUGGUACUUCCUCCCUUGCGAUAACGAAUAAUGAGAAUCAAUUUGUCCCGCCCAAUUCUAGCAACCAAAUGACUAACCCAUCGAUCGCUCCCCUCCACGGAGGCCAGACGCAAGUCUUCGAUACGUCAUUUUUUGACUUCAAUGCUACUGGAGAUAUCGAUCUCUUUUCCAUGUUUGAUCCUUCCUUCGAUCUUUUGGGAAUGAACUCUACGGCUAGCAACUUCGUAUGA